AUGCCUCUAAUCCGAAAGCGAAGAGCAACCGACCAAGUCCCAGACUCAGACUCGGGCGAAGUCUCAUCCCGCCGCCAAAGACCACGAAGCUCAUCGCCCGAAGCCGAAAUGUCCGACGACGCAGCGCCCGCGUCCUCGACAAACGCAAUGAUCCAGAAAAUGGUCCGCCUCGCACUUUCAAGCGAGUACUCGCGUCUACCGAUCCGGCGCGCCGACAUCAGCGCCAAAGUCCUCGGCGAGCAGGGCUCACGACAGUUCAAGACAGUUUUCGAGAGCGCACAGCGCGAACUACGAGAAACAUUCGGCAUGGAAAUGACGGAGCUCCCGGCGCGUGAGAAGACAACUAUUACACAGCGACGAGCACCCUCCACAACGACCGAAAGUACCUACACAGCCUUAUACACAUUUGUCAUCGCCGUGAUUGCUCUCAAUGGUGGAACGCUAGGCGAUCAGAAACUUGAACGAUACCUUGUGCGCAUGAACGCGGACCAGUACACGCCUAUUGACAAGACGGAGAAACUUCUUCAACGGCUGUGCAAGGAAGGGUAUAUCGUCAAGUCGCGGGAGAUGGAUGGCGGCGAGGAGAUCAUUGAGUAUAUGGUUGGACCGAGGGGGAAGAUUGAGGUUGGGAGUGGGGGUGUUGCCGGGCUUGCGAGAGAGGUUUAUGGGCUUGCAGAGGGGACGGAGGAGAGUGAAGAGUUUGAGGUCAAGUUGAGGAGAAGUCUUGGGAUUGGUGGGGAUGUGACGGAGAGGAGAAGGGAGGAAGAGGAAGAGGUGGAGGAUCGCGCUAAUGGGACGGGGACGGGGACUGGAAAUAGAAAUGGAAUCGAAGAGAGAGUUGCGCCCAGGAGGUCGAGGAGAGUCGAGCAGGAGAGUUCGUCUUCUGAAGAGGAGGAAGGCAGUGAAUCUGAUUGA